CGGAAAACCGUAACCUGCCGGCGCUUGAUGAUGCUCCGUGAGAGGGCUUUAACGUUAGCAAGAGAAGCUACAUCAGAGUCACUGCUUUGUCUGUGGACAUGUGGAGCAUCUACACAGCGCUAGUCUUUGCUCUAGUGGCAGCAUCGAGAUUUACACCUGUAUAUGUCCUGGAGUUCUGCCAAAGUACUGACCCUGACUGUCAUGACGACACAGCAUCAAACAGCCACCGAUCCCCACACACUGUCAAAUCCAGGUGGAACGUGAGCGUCUCAAACCUCAUGCAGGACCUGGGCCAGUUCAGAGUGUCCUGUAAAAAGCUAAUCGAAGCAUUCCCACUCGACGAGGUUGACGGCAACUUUGUUCACGCCGUGAAGAACUGCAUAUUUUCCGAAUCCACUCCAACCCCGCUGAAAGGACCGUUAAGACUGGCAGCAGUCUCUAAGGAUGUCAUAGAGGGGAUCUUGGAUUUAGAUGUGGCCGUAACACAGUCAGAUGAUUUCCUGCAGUAUGCCAGCGGUGGCAGACUGAUGUUAGGAUCUGUACCUCUUGCUCAUAGAUACGGGGGUCAUCAGUUUGGCUACUGGGCAGGUCAGCUGGGUGACGGUCGAGCACAUUUCCUCGGUCAGUAUUCCAACAGGAAGGGGGAAAUAUGGGAACUGCAAGUUAAAGGCUCUGGAAAAACACCAUAUUCAAGGUCAGGAGAUGGUCGAGCUGUGAUCCGUUCUUCUGUCAGAGAGUUCCUGUGCAGCGAGGCGAUGCAUUUCCUGGGCGUUCCCACCAGCAGGGCUGCCAGUCUAAUUGUAAGUGAGGAGCCAGUGUUGAGGGAUCAAUUCUACAAUGGCAAUGUGAAGACAGAGAGAGGAGCGGUUGUUCUCCGGUUAGCCAAGUCAUGGUUUCGGAUUGGAUCGUUAGAAAUCUUGGCUCAAAGUGGAGAGAUAGAUCUCCUGAGAAAGCUGUUGGACUUUGUGAUUAAUGAACAUUUUCCUUCGAUCAGUUCAAGCGACCCUGAUAAAUAUUUGGUGUUUUAUUCCGUGGUUGUAAAUGAAACAGCACAUCUGAUUGCCCAGUGGAUGUCUGUUGGGUUUGCACAUGGUGUGUGCAACACAGACAACUUCAGUCUCCUGUCUAUCACCAUCGACUAUGGACCAUUUGGCUUCAUGGAGUCAUAUAACCCCAAUUUUGUCCCCAACACAUCUGAUGAUGAGGGCAGAUACAGCAUAGGAGCUCAGGCCAGCGUCGGACUGUUCAACCUGGAGAAGCUCCUGGGGGCUCUGAGUCCUGUGCUUACCCAAAAACAGCAGAAAGAGGCUAAAGUGAUCUUAAAAGGAUAUGUUGGUAUUUACCAGAUGAGGUUUCACCAGAUGUUUAAAGAAAAACUGGGGCUUCUUGGUGAAGAGGAAGAAGACAGCUAUAUUAUUGCCUUCCUGCUUAAGAUGAUGGAGGACACACAGUCAGACUUCACUAUGACCUUCAGACAGCUCAGUGAAGUUUCAGUCCUACAGCUCUACAACAGGAGCUUCACACAGAUGUGGGCUCUUGAUAACUUAUCAUUGCACAAGCACUUCUCUGAUUGGCUCAAAAUGUACCUCCUGCGGGUCAGCCGACAAGAAAAUGAUACCGAUUUAGAUCAUCAAAACAGGAUGAAGAACGUAAAUCCUAGAUAUGUGCUGAGAAACUGGAUGGCAGAGUCAGCCAUAAGAAAAGCUGAGAUGAAUGAUUUUUCCGAGGUGGAGCUGCUGCACAAUAUCCUGUCGUCUCCCUUUGUUACACAACAGACUGCAGAGGAAGCGGGCUAUGCAGCAAGACCUCCACUGUGGGCUAAUAGGUUAAAGGUCAGCUGUUCGUCAUGAGAGAACCAUGGACAGAGC